AUGGGAUUUACAUUAUACAAUCUUAUUGAAGCUGCUCUUCUUUGCAUAAAUGCAGUAGCUAUUCUUAGUGAACGAUUUCUUUCAAAAUUAAGUGGUAAUGCUAAUAUAAAUUAUCCUAAUGUUGGUGGAUAUGGUGUUGAUUAUCAAAAUUCUGGAGGAGCUAAACAACAAUUAUUGACAUUAAUUCGAUCUGUUCGUACUGUGAUGAGAAUUCCUUUGAUUGCAUUUAAUGUCGUAACUAUAAUGUUUCUUAUUUUAUUUGGUUAA